GCUGGCCAGGGAGGGACAGGGGCAGGGAGGCUCCGGCCAGUCCCAGCAGCCGGGGACAGAUGCCGAUCGAGAUUGUGUGCAAAAUCAAAUUUGCAGAGGAGGAUGCGAAACCUAAGGAGAAGGAGGCAGGGGAUGAGCAGAGCCUCCUGGGGGCUGCACGGGGGGCAGCAGCCCCCCGGGACCUGGCCACCUUUGCCAGCACCAGCACUCUGCACGGGCUGGGCCGGGCCUGUGGCCCAGGCCCCCAUGGACUGCGCAGAACCCUGUGGGCACUGGCCCUACUCACCUCGCUGGCUGCCUUCCUGUACCAGGCGGCUGUUCUGGCCCGGGGCUACCUGACCCGGCCUCACCUGGUGGUAAUGGACCCUGCUGCCCCAGCCCCAGUGGCGGGCUUCCCAGCCGUCACCCUCUGCAAUAUCAACCGUUUCCGGCAUUCGGCACUCAGCGACGCCGACAUCUUUCACCUGGCCAACCUGACCGGGCUGCCCCCCAAAGACCGGGACGGGCACCGUGCUGCCGGCCUGCGCUACCCGGAGCCCGACAUGGUAGACAUCCUCAACCGCACUGGCCACCAGCUCGCCGACAUGCUCAAGAGCUGCAACUUCAGUGGGCACCACUGCUCCGCCAGCAACUUCUCUGUGGUCUAUACUCGCUAUGGGAAGUGUUAUACCUUCAAUGCGGAUCCACAGAGCUCGCUGCCCAGCCGGGCAGGGGGCAUGGGCAGUGGCCUGGAGAUCAUGUUGGACAUCCAGCAAGAGGAGUACCUGCCCAUCUGGAGAGAGACAAACGAGACAUCGUUUGAGGCCGGCAUCCGAGUACAGAUCCACAGCCAGGAGGAGCCACCCUACAUCCACCAGCUGGGCUUCGGUGUGUCCCCAGGCUUCCAGACCUUUGUGUCCUGCCAGGAACAGCGGCUGACCUAUCUGCCCCAGCCCUGGGGCAACUGCCGGGCGGAGAGUGGGCUCAGGGAGCCUGAGCUUCAGGGCUACUCGGCCUACAGCGUGUCUGCCUGCCGGCUGCGCUGUGAAAAGGAGGCUGUGCUUCAGCGCUGCCACUGCCGGAUGGUGCACAUGCCAGGCAAUGAGACCAUCUGCCCGCCAAAUAUCUACAUCGAGUGUGCUGACCACACACUGGACUCCCUGGGCGGGGGCUCCCAAGGCCCAUGUUUCUGCCCUACCCCCUGCAACCUGACCCGCUACGGGAAAGAAAUCUCCAUGGUCAGGAUCCCCAACAGGGGCUCAGCCCGGUACCUGGCAAGAAAGUACAACCGCAACGAAACCUACAUACGGGAGAACUUCCUGGUCCUAGACGUCUUCUUUGAAGCUCUGACCUCUGAGGCCAUGGAGCAGCGAGCAGCCUAUGGCCUGUCAGCCCUGCUGGGAGACCUCGGGGGACAGAUGGGCCUAUUCAUUGGGGCCAGCAUCCUCACACUGCUGGAGAUCCUCGACUACAUCUAUGAGGUGUCCUGGGACCGACUGAAGCGGGUGUGGCGUCGUCCCAAGACCCCCCUCCGGACCUCCACUGGAGGCAUCUCCACUUUGGGGCUGCAGGAGCUGAAGGAGCAGAGUCCGUGCCCAAGCCGGGGCCAUGCGGAAGGUGGGGGUGCCAACAGCCUGCUCCCCAACCACCAUCACCCACACGGCCCCCCAGGGGGCCUCUUUGAAGACUUCGCUUGCUAGGAUGGUGCUGUGUCCAAAAGGACCCAGGAGUCUUGGUCCCCUCCCUGGAUCCCCACCAUAGUCUCCUCCUGCUCCUGGGACAGAAUAUCUGGGGGCAGUGAGAGGGCGGUGCUCAUUGGGAGGGUGGGGACUCAGUUCCUGCUCUUGCCUACCCUGGCGCCAGCUGCUUUGCACAAAGGUCCCUCUUGUCCACACCAUCCACCCCUAGGCUGGUGCCCAGGGAGGGCUGGAGACCAGGCUAUGGGCCCCUGUGGAGGGGAGUGUAGGGGAGGAGAGAGGGAGGUAGAAAAGGGGGCCCAUCCCAACCAGGGUGGAAUCCUCUGUACAUUUGUAUAUAUUUAGGGAGGACAGGGUGGGGGUGGGGGUAAAGAUUUAGAAGGUAAGUGGGGCUAUGGGGUGGGUAAUUUAGGGACAGCCAGGGUCCCAGCCCUCGAGUGUCAGCAGGAGAAGGCAGGCCCCCAGGACUCAGGACUGCUGGGCUGGUCCUACUUCCUGCCCCUCUCCAGUCCCAGCUCCCCUUUUGGCAGGGGGAGUGGGUGGCCCAGCAGGCCUGGCCCAGCUCCCAGUUCCCCGUUCCCCCUGCUCCAACCCCACUUCCAGAGUCCCCUCCGCAGGGAGAGGUAGAUCUUUCAGACCUUGUCUGAGUUUGGGGGUGGGGAAGGGGGCGUCUCAGGCCUCUCUGCCUCCAGUCUGGUUUUAUAAAGUGCUGACAAAAUUGGGAAUA